AUGUCGCAGAAGGAGGCCGCGGAGCGGGAGCGUGGAAUAGUGGUUUGUGUAUUUGUGGCAUGCGCUGCGGCUGACAACGUUCGCCAGAAGCGCGGUUACCUUAGCGGCCUUCACUCCUCUAACGGAUUAUCUAAUGGUGGUUCAAAUGGGUACAGCUACUCUGCACCCGCAUCGAGCUACUCCGCACCCGCUGACAGCUACUCUGUACCUGCAAUUAGUUACUCCGCGCCUGCAAUAAGUUACUCCGCACCUUCUGUCAGUUACUCCGUCCCCGCAGCAAGUCACUCCGCACCUGCAAUUAGUUAUUCCGCACCCGCAGUCAGCUACUCAGCCCCUGCUGUGAGCUACUCUGCACCCACUACCUCCUACGCGCCCUCAGCGUCAAUUGGAUACUCAGCACACGCCCCGUCUAUUAGUUACUCAGCACCAGCAUCUGCUAUAAGUUAUUCAGCACCCGCAGUCCGCUACGCUGCCUCCGCACCCGCCCUCGGCUAUUCGUCAGCCCCGGCAUUAAGUUACUCGGCUCCUAGUAUUGGCUACUCCGCACCAGCGGCUGGCCUCAGCUAUUCAGCUAACCCCGCAUCAAGCUACUCCGCUCCAGCCAUCAGAUAUGCAGCCCCUGCUGUAUCAUACUCGGCACCAGCAGACCGUGUCGUUACUGUUAAAAAAAUUGUAAACGUUAAGAAAGUCAUCAACGUUCCCCGAAUUAUAAAUGUACAGAAAGUGGUCACCGUUCCCCAAGUGAUCACGGUAAAGAAAUUAGUACCAGCUGGUGGCUACUCCUCCGGCGUCUCCAACGGGCUUGGCGCUCGCUACGCCAGUGGGUAUGGCUCGGGCCACGGCAGCGGCUGGUAA